GGAGAGAAUCAUUAUAAUAAGCAUUGCGUAGCCACAAGCUCACCGAUCCUUUCCCUCUUACCACAUAUAUUAGGUCUUUUUGCUCAACACGGUCAUUUUUCGUUCACACCUAUAUCAGCGUGUGUCGGAAGAACUGUGAAGUGUUCGUUUAUUCCUGGGUAUCCGUCUAGUAAUUGUAGGCGCUACUUAUCAAGUUUUCUCUACUCCUUUGUUAAGACUGACGCAUUCUUCGUCGUUGAUCUUAGUGUCUUCUUACACGUGUUGGUCAACCAUUGUCCGAACAUCGCGCGUAUAACACUUGUUUAUCUUAACGAUUGUUGACUUUAUUGUUAUUCUUUAGGAACAUAAGCCGUAUCGGCGAUUUAUUUGUUUUUUAUCGCGCAUUUCAGCGUCAGGGUGAUUGCUGAACUAUUUCGCGUGCCCUGGUUUCCCCGGUGGGUUUAAGGUUGUCUUUGUUAAAUUAAAACGCGCUCCGCGUCGCGUUCCCCUCAGUUUUUGGUCUCGGUUUAGAUUUCGUGCCCUUUUAACCCCCACUUUUAGGUACUACCACUGCUUUCUCUUACGGGGUAUUAUUCUUAGCACUUUCCCCACUUCCCCACACCAUCCCAUUAAUCCCACAUCAGUCCUAGCGGGAUUGUUUACCUUUAAGACUGGAAUUGCUUGUUUUUGUUUACGUACAGAACAAGAUUUAAACAUUUCGGUUUCUCCUGUGUACUCACUUGUUUUGGAAUUAAAUCAUUGGAUGCUCAAUUUUUGAAUUGCGUUUUCGCAAACAGCAUUCCGUUCUCGUUGAAACAUAACUGUACACAUUAUUUGCUUUCACAAUGGAAUUCUCACAAGUUUAUAUGGGCUUCGACGGUCUCGGAUCGCGCGACGUCGGCAGCCGCAAUCCUAGUUCAGCAGUAAAAAUGGAAGAUUCGCAACAACAGUCGCAGCUGCCGGGCGUCCGGAACUACCACAUGUCCUACAACUCGUCAUCAGCAGGAAACGCUGUCAUCGGCGGAAAUGACGGAGCAUUCAAUGCAGGCGGUGUGUCGGAUGCAAGCUCGAUUCAACCGACGGCCAUGGUUAAUGACGCUGGGGCCAACACAGCAACCGUUGGUCCCUCUGACUUUUCUUCAAAUGUUGGCAACAAUCCCGCCUUUUUCGGUGAUGGCGGCCUUCCGCUUCGCAUGUCCUCUAUGAAGAAAUCUGCUGGCAACAACAAUGGCAGCCUUUUAGACGGCACUAUUAGUAUGUCCGACAUUUCGCUCGUCUCGCCUGGCAACAAUGCUUCGGCAUAUAAAAUGCCUGUUGGUAUAGACUCCGCAGCGCCUAAGCGCAUGCAAAAUGAAAGUCAUGUUGGAGGUGGAGCCGGCUCGCCUUCGUUAGAGCUGGGUAGAUCGGGUGCGUUGCCUGUGUCCGGUUUAUCGUCGCCCUACGUAAACUCUUUGCAGCAGCCUUCAGAUGGACGAAAUGACGAUUCGAACCGGGAUGGUCAUUCGUCUUCUUUCGUCCCUCCCUCCGCUGCAUAUUGUCAUCGAGGAAGUGAAGACUUUCUGGCGGGUUCCGGUGCGAGGAAUGACCAGGCAGCCGCAGAUGCAUUCGAUCCCACCCGUCGUCAUACAAUUACCGCUGACAUGAACAGUUUGCGUUCUCAAAUGCCGACGACUCAGAUGGGUGAGAAGCGUCGUUCUUCCUACAGCCCAUCCGAAACUUCCCCUGGUCCGCGUAAACGCUCUUCUACAUCUACUCUUGAUGAGUCGCCUGAAGAGAAACGUCGUCGUGCUUUGGAACGGAACCGGAUUGCGGCCUCUAAAUGCCGUCAAAAGAAAAAACAAUGGACUCAAGAGCUUGAAGCUACCGCACGCAGUGCAUCGGAGCAGUCCCGCAGUCUUAAGCUCCUGGUUUCCCAACUGAAAGAUGAGGUUCUCAACUUAAAGAAUCAACUGCUCGCCCAUCAAAACUGCUCGUGUGAAGGCAUUCGACGCUAUUUAUCUUCAGAAGCCCAAGGCAUCAUGUCGCAAGUGAAACAACGCUAAAUUCUCUGCAUUUGUGUGGUCAAGUUUUAUUGCCUUUUCCUUUCUGUGUUUCCGUUCUUUGUACCAUAUUUUUCUUUUUCUUUCUCUCUUUCUCUCUCUUUCUGUCAGUCAUGUUUCCCUCCCUGGUGUUUCCAACACUCUACAACUCUCAACAUUCGACACUUGUUAUGUCUUUUGUCAUGCCCCUUCAUGUUUGUUUAACGACCUUAAUGACAUUUCGUUAUGAGUAUUCUAAGUACAA